CAAACUGCUAAGACAACUGCUGAGACUUUCUACAACAAUUUUAUUGUUCAUUAUGGUUCACCAACAAGACUUCACUCAGAUCAAGGAGCAAAUUUUGAAAGCGAAAUCAUCAAGGAGUUAUGUAAACUUACUAAUAUUCAGAAGAGUCAUACUUCAAUUUAUCAUCCGCAAGGCAAUUCAGGACCAGAAAGAUUCAAUAGAACAUUAUUGGACAUGCUAGGAACUCUUGAAAAUUCACAAAAGGCAGACUGGAAGAAAUAUGUGAAUCAUCUUGUCUAUUGCUAUAACUGUACUCCUCAUGAAUCUACACGAGUUGCACCAUUUGAAAUCAUGUUUGGUCGAAAACCCCGACUUCCUAUAGAUACACUUUUUGAACAAGCAAAUGAUAGUCUUGUAAACAAAGGUACAAAAGAAUACAUUAUGGAUCUCAAGGAAAAAAUGUUAAAAACUAGGAGAAUCGUUGAUGAGUAUGUGUCAAAAGCAAAGAAGAAACAAAAGAAAUAUUAUGACACUAAGGCAAAAGCUGCAAGAAUAGAAGUUGGUGAUAAGGUCUUGGUUAAAGUGUUAUCAUUUGAGGGUAAACACAAGAUCGCUGACAAAUUUGAAGAAGAUGUGUACUCCGUAAUUGAACAAGUAAAAGACAACAUUCCAGUCUACAAGGUUAAGUCUGAUGUAUCUGGUAGAGUGAAAACCUUGCACAGAAACCAUUUAUACCUGUUACAACAUCAGGAUAAUAUAAAUGGGGAAAAUCAAGAAGUAGAUGUUGUGGAAAAGGAGGAUGCAUCAAAUGUGAAAGAAGAGAAUGGUAUUGAUAGAUGUGACGUCACGGAAAUUGAAGAAGAGUCUGAGUCUGAUGAUGACACAGGUGAUCUUGUAGUAUUCACAAGAUCAGGGGACGCCCAUAAUCCUGUAGUAGUCAAGGACAAAGUUCUAAAGGAAAGAACAGAAAAUAAGAAGGUAAGUAUUGAUAUGCCAAUUGAUUUAAUUUCAGAUAAGGAUACUAGGCCUAAGGAUGAUGGAAAGAAGAAGGAAGUUAAAUCACCUGAAGGUGCAGAGGUUUCAGAAACAAAAAAAAACAUUGAUCGUCAGAACAGAUGAUACAGGAACAGAUGAAACAGAAGAAUUAGUGAGUGUCAAUAUAGAUGAAACAGAGGAAGUGACUGUCCCAGAAUCAGAAGAUACAGAUACAGAAGACACUGAAACAACAACAAAUAGAGAAACAGAAAAUACCAAGACACAAGGCAGUGAUGUAGAUGAUGAAGAGAGACAGGAGAAAGACAUCCAAACACAAACAACUCCUAUUGCAGCAGAACAAAGGGAAACACCACCUAAAGAGUCGCCUAGACCUCAACCUAAACCAAGACGUGUAGCAAGAGACAGAAAGCUUCCUAAACAUUUGGAGGACUACCAGUUAUAUAGUGUUGUACCUAGACCACAGGAUCCAAGAUUUCAAGCCCUGAGACAGGUAAUGGAGUCAGGAGUAUUGGACACAUUAGAUAGUGAAAUGGCCAGGAGAUUAGUCAACAGUAUUUUUCAGUUAAGUGUAUUAUUGCUGUAACACUUUUGUUGACAUUGUAAAUAUUUGCUUAUUCUGAUAAUGUCACUCAUGUAUGAAUUUUAUUAUUAUUUUUAUCAGAUUGCUAUAUACAAUUGUUUUUAACAAAUAUUGAACAUUAAGCCUAAAAGGAACGAUAUUAAUGCUUUGUAAUUGUUAUUGUGAGGACACAAUUUCAAAGUAAGGGGAGACAAUCAACAAUGAUAAGUAACCUGGGUAUUAUGUGGUAACCGCUGCUUGGCUGUUUUUCUAAGUAACCAGCACCAGUCAGAGAGAAUGAGUGAAAGUGUAGACAUGACGUUCAUUCCAUAAAUGGACGUGAUUAUCAUUCUACACGUUUAACUUUGAUUCUACGAUGUACGUUAUGGCCUCUUAAGUGUUCUACAAUGUAUUAGCUUAGCAAGUAUUAUUAAAGGAACUGUGAACCUA